AUGACGUCACACGGAUCGAUGCUGUGGGAACGCGCGGACACGGAACAGAGAGAGAGAGAACGACAGAGAGAGAGAGAGAGAGAGAGAGAGAGAGAGAGAGAGAGGACUGAGUGAAUCCACACCGACACUUCGAGGAGGGAGGGACGCAGACGCAGGAAGAAUCGGUGCACGAGGGAAGAAAGUGCAGUUGUGUGUGCGUGCGUGCGUGCGUGAGAGAGAGGGAGGGUCGUCAACAUGCGUGCGUGCACACACCUGCACGUUAAUCUCUCCACCAGCUCAUAAUUGAUGUCACUCACCGCUCGACACACUGCACUGACAUAAGGCUCAUUGGAGAUAGAGGAAUGCAAAUCUGCAACCAUGAUGGAAGGAUUGAAAAAACGUACCAGGAAGGCCUUCGGGAUACGGAAGAAAGAGAAGGACAAUGACUCCACGGGGUCCCCAGACAGAGAAGGGGGUUCUCAGAAGAAAACCAACGGGUCUCAGAACGGCUUCUAUGGAGACAUCGACUGGGACAGAUAUAACUCUCCCGAGGUGGACGAUGAGGGCUACAGCAUCAGACCCGAUGAGGAGUCUGAAGAGGGAGCUACCACAAAGAAGGCCCACUUCUUCUCCUCUGACGAGUCGGAAGGAGAGGAAGACCACAGGAAAAGAUUCAAAAUCAAGAUCAAGCCACUGCGGGCCGUGCAAGUCACAACGGCGCCCUCGGUGGACGAGCUCAAAGCCUCCAUAGGAAACAUAGCUCUGUCCCCGUCUCCUCUGAGACGUAGCCCGGGUUUGAAAAGAAACACGUCCAGCGAGGAGAUUGCCAGACCGAGACGCAUCGUCCCCACUCUUCCCACUGUGGCCCCCACACCAGCUCCAGCACCACAACCCCCCAGCAGUCAACCAACACCAGUCUCUGAAGACACCACAGCCUUAUUCGGGCCUCCUUUGGAUACAUCUUUCGGAGAACAGAAAACUGAAGUGGUACUGUCUGAGUCCGAUGCGUGGGGUACCCCUCUGUCAGAGCCAGAAUCCUCUUUGACAAGGUCCUUCCCAACAGGAACACCUCCUCCACUUCCACCCAAGAAUGUCCCAACCUCGCCUGUGACGACUGGCCCUCCCUCUGCAGAUGACGCUGAAGCACUGACAGAAGCAGGCGGCAGGAAGCCCUUGAUAGCAGACUUGGACAAUCUUUUUGGACCGGAGCAGGCGCCCCCUGCUGGCGAGGAUACAGGUGACACGUGGGUCUGCUUCAGUGAAGAAUCUUCGAACCAGACGCCUCAACCAAAGGACCCUACCCCUCCGCUCCGUUCCUCCCCGCCUCCUCCAGAGGAACCAGCACCUCCGUUACCAGCCUCCCCGCCUCCACCUGAGUCUCCUGCCCCUCCCUUACCUACAUCACCACCUCCUCCAGGCGACGCUGCACCGCCUCUCCCUAUCUCCCCACCACCGAAAAACGACUUAGUCCCCCCUCUACCAACUUCCCCGUCUCCCUCAGAGGACCCUGCUGCACCUCCUGUCCCUUCGGGUCCUUCCACACCUGAAGACCACAAUCCUCUCACAACAGCCACCUCGCCACCCCAUGCACCACCAAAGGAGCUUGCAUCUCCCCCCGCUUCAUCUCCCCCUCCGCUCGCCUCACCUGCAAAUGACCCACCGGCUUCUGCUGCUAAAGCAAGCACCCCUCCGGCAGGGAGUCCUCCUUCUGAGGAGCCUGCAACGCGCUCUGUCCUUCCACCCCUUGCCCUGUCUCACACAGAACAGCCCAGGAACACAGACACCACCCCACCCAAAGAAGAAGCCGGUGAAACUGUCAGCUCGCCCAAAGAUGCUAGCAAGGGGAGCCGGACCACACCUCCCCCACCUCCUCCACCCACGUACAGGGCAGUGGUGUCCUCACCCGGUCCCACUUCUGGAGCUGCUGGCACGAGUAGCGGUUCCUCCUCUCCGGUGCGACCUGCAACUCCUUCAUCAGUCGACCCCACCCCACCACCACCUCCACCUCGCCCCCCCUCAAGGCCCAAACUUCCUCCUGGGAAACCCACUGUAGGAGAUGUGAAUCGUGCGUUCAGCCCGCCGGUCCACUCAGCCAGCCCGCCUCCCAUCGCCCCAUUGGCGCGGGCCGAGAGCACCUCCUCCAUCUCCUCCACCAACUCUAUGAGUGCCGCCACCACCCCCACCGUGGGCAAAGAGCUGUCCGUGUCUGUGUCAGAAGACGAUGCUUAUGUAGACAAACUGCCCACGUUUGAGAGACACUUUGAUGCGUUUGCAGAGAAUGACCAGCCAUCCCUUGUAUGGUUUGACAGAGGGAAGUUUUAUUUAACCUUUGAAGGCUGCUCCAGAGGGCCCAGUCCUCUCACCAUGGGGGCUCAGGACACUCUUCCCGUGGCCGCUGCUUUCACAGAGACAGUCAAUUCCUUCUUCAAAGGAGCCGACCCCAGCAAGUGUGUCGUGAAGAUCAUAGGUGAGAUGGUUUUGUCGUUUCCGGCGGGAAUUACGCGGCACUUUGCCAAUAACCCGUCCCCCGCCGUGCUAACCUUCAGCAUAACCAACUACAGCCGACUGGAGCAUGUGCUGCCUAACCCCCAGCUCCUCUGCUGUGACACCACCACACAAGCCAAGGCCGAUGCCAAGGACUUCUGGGUGAACAUGCCAAACCUGAUAUCCCACUUAAAAAAAGUGUCGGAGCAGAAGCCGCAGGCGACGUACUACAACGUCGACAUGCUGAAGUAUCAGGUGUCUUCGCAGGGCCACCAGUCCACUCCUCUGAACCUGGCAGUGAGCUGGCGGUGUGAGCCCACCAGCACGGACCUGAGAAUAGACUACAAAUACAACGGCGAGGCCAUGUCGACGCCGAUGACGCUGAACAAUGUUCAGUUCCUCGUCCCUGUCGACGGAGGGGUUUCGAAACUACAGGCUGUCUUACCUCCUGCUGCGUGGAACACUGAGCAGCAAAGAAUCCUCUGGAAGAUUCCUGAUAUCUCACAGAAAUCUGACAACGGGGGUGUGGGGUCACUGUUGGCGCGCUUCCAGCUAACAGAGGGUCCCAGUAAACCAGCUCCACUGGCGGUGCAGUUCACCAGUGAGGGCAGCACGCUGUCGGGCUGUGACAUUGAACUGGCUGGGCCCGGCUACCGCUUCUCUCUCAUCAAGAAGAGGUUUGCCGCAGGAAAAUACCUGGCCGACAACUAACCUAUGCUACUGAGAACAGCACUGUUGAACUUAACGACGGCAGUGGACUGAGGAUGACACAGAGGACAGACCGACACCAGGCAGACUCUCCAUGGACCUUUUCUGAACCCACGCGACAGAUCUGCAGAUCCUACCCAGCAGUAUUGUAUAACUCGCAUAUAACAUUGUGGAAACUGUUUUAGGUCAUGUAAUUAUUGUAUUUGUACUCAUUCUACAUCUGUAUUGCUGCAGUUAGACACCUGGGUUCUUCCUCUCCUCUGAAGUCUGUCCCCAUGUCUCCAUCCUCCUCCGGUCAAUGUUUGGUGGUGUUUUUAAAAGUUUCACUGCAGCUGCCUGACCUGACGAAGCGGAGGGAAAGAGGUUCGGUCAUGAUGUACCUCUGGGUGACGUUUGCUAUCCCCAGUCCAGAAAGUAAAGUCUUUGUAUUCAGACACCCACCUCUAGCUCUGACAUAUCUAAGUCAGACCCAGUUGAGCUGAAGUAGGCCCGAGAACAAUACAUAGUAAGUCAUACGUCUUCAUUAGCUCAGAAGACAAUCACAGCUCUAUGAAUAAUCCUUCUGUUGGGUCCAGGCGUGAAGCCAGAGACGGUUGUCCCCAGCGUCUCACAGACGGAAGCCACUUGUGUGGCUCUUGCCAGCAAUUAAAUGCAUUUACCGAUGCAGUUUGACACACGUUGUCACAGAGAGUAAGAUGGAGGAGGAUGUUUCGCCCCCGAUGUUUGUGUGCGAUCGGAUGAAACACAACAUUAAGUUACUACAAAUAGAUUUUCAUGCAUCGCCUACUGGUACUACAGGGUCACAUGUCUUUGGAUCUCUUCCUUUUUAUUAUAAUUGCACUGAUCAGUCGAAUUGGUAUUUUAUUUUUCUGAAAUACACACACACACAUACACACGGAGAGGGUUUUAGCAAGUUAGGCAGCUGCAAUGAUAAAUCAAUGUACUCGUUGCUGAAUAAGAAAAAUGUUUUCUUUUUUCCCGUCAGAACAAAAGAAAUGUAAAAAGUGUCAUUUUAAACCAAUAAUAUAUAUCUUAAAGGGCGUUUGGUGUUUUCCUCGUAUUGUCAGGUAGCCUUUCUGUUGUUCCCAGGACAGCAGUGUUAGACUCCAGAGUACACGACAGCAUUCUAUUUUUAUUUAUUGAUGACGGCGACUUGUUGUACAAAACAUGUGAUUCUGUAUAUGAAUAGAAUUUGAAUGGUAUCACACAACUCAGAACCCUUAAAGGUAUAAAUAUUUGAACUCUUCUUUCUUUUCUUAUCUGUGUAGUUGGGUAACCCGUGUACAGUAUAAGGUAUAAUUUUUGAAUUUAUUUCAGAUAUAAUUUUUUAACUCAAGUGCAACAGAAGAUUCGAGCUAUAUAUGGGUGUGGGGGUAAUUUAAAGAAAACAAAUAAAUAUCUUCCUGGAUGCUGUGUUAUGCUUUGUGAAAGCAGUGUUAAUGUAGAGUUAGCUGGACCAUGGGUGAGUUCUACACUGUAAAGAACCAGUUUAGCAUUUUGGGAAAUAUUCUGUUUUCAUGUGGUUUCUGAGCGUUAGAUGAGAAGAUCAGCACCAUAAUUAUAUCUUUACGUUAAACAGGAAGGUGAAGUGAUGAGACGUUUAGCUGAGUUUAUCAUAAAAACAGGAAAUGAGAGAAAUCUGAGGUUUUGGUUUUCUGGCCAAUUUAGCAUCAGUUUCUGCAGCCGUAGAUUUUUAACCACGAUAAGGUAAUGCUAAUUUAGAUUGAUAUGUAAGAUCGAUGCCAUUAUUCACAUCUAAUUCUCAACAGGAAAGACGACAAACAUGUUUCCCAGAAUUCUGAACUGUUCCUGUAAAUAACAAUGACGACAAAUGCUCUUAGUUUACUUUGACAACAGAGAAGAAGUCUGGUGACCGUGGAGCCACUUCUGAAACAGGAUGCUUUUUUUUUAAUUGGGACCAGUUUCCUUUUUGUCUUUUAAAUUGUGGUAAAACGAACGUUAUCAGUUCCCUCAUCUACCGACUCGGUUUAGAUUCGACAGUGCGUCAUCGUUAAACUUCUCACCUGUUUCAUACCUGUUUCCGUUCACCUCUGUGGCACCUGAACUUUAUUAUAUCACGAGCAAAAUCCCCAGUCAUCCAAGCAGCGCUCAAAUCCAUGGCUUUAUUUUGCAUAAUUGUAAUGGUCUCUGUGAGAUGACAUGAGCUGAUGAGGUUGUGGAGUGAAGUCGACCAAAAUGCUUUGUUUCUUUUUUUUCUUUUGUAUUUUACGUCAGUCGGUCCUCUGUAAAGGACAAUAAGCUGAAUAUUUUUAAAACGGAUAAAAAUGAAAAAAUAUUAUAUUGUUUAAUGUGAUUAAAAACACUGUGCUGAUGAUGUUGAACUUCCUGAAUGCUCUGACACUCAACGUGAAGAACAAAAAGUGUGUGUGAAGUGUAGCUGAACCUCUCUGUACUACAUGUCGGUAUUUUGCUAAAUGCAACCAAUCGUAGUCCUUUCAGAGCCGUCGCUGCAGCGUAGUCUGAUGCUCUCUUGAUUGGAUGUAGUUUUUUUAACGUGGUCCUUUUACCACCAAUAAAAAUCAGAUCUGGGCCGUGCAGUUAAAAUGGAAAUCUUGUUCUCAACUAGAUAUUUGAGUUUUCAUUUGCAGACCCAGUGUGAGAGAAGACUGCGGUGGCAUUUUGAAACAGUGAUGAUGAUUGGUGCCAUUUAGCUCCUGGUAAGUCGUUAGUUUGGUCACACGUUUUUUCAGCCAUGUCCGUCUUUCAAGCCGACUGGAAGAAUCCACAUGCCUGAAAGAAAGUCGUUACCUUCUGGGUGAAUCUUGAAGCUAUCAGUGCAACAGUCACUACAGCAUUAUCUACACAGGCUCUCCUUACACAUUUCCCAUCAUGCAUCUGUUUAAAUUAGCACUACAGCUUACAGGUCUUUCAGUUUGAAAGGCAAAACAGAACUCUCUCAGUCUGCUGGUUGUUAGUCUUUGUAUCUUCUAAUAAAAAAAGGAUCAAAACUUCUUUUCUUCCCAGAUCUUCAUCUCCGUGGUGACUUUGUCCUGCAGUAACUCAUCAUUGCAUGCAGAGCAUGCAGUAAAAUGUGGGACAUCGAUGAUGAUAGAUAGUACUGAAAUGACGUGUUGUGCUGAGUGUCAGUUACCUGUGUUAGUGUUGAGAAGAGAGCAGGGAGUGUGUCUAUGUGUGCUAUACGCCAGAAUGCUUUUUGGUUCUGUACCGUUAACCUCAAACACGUGUGCAAGCUGUUUGUACAGUACAUAACAAUGCUAAGAUCAACUGAGAAACUUAGUUUGCUUCUUUCCAAAACCAAUAAAAGUUAUAAAUG